AUGUAUCAAACCGAUGAUGAUAAAUUACUAUCUAAUCUUGUGUUAGCCCAUCUUUCAGAAGUUCGUUGGUCAAAUAUCGCAAGAGAAAAUUUUCCUGAAAGGAAUAGAAGUUCUUUAUUCAAUCGAUGGAAUGUUAUUAAGAAAAGAUUGUGGAAUGGUGGUUUUGAACCUAGAGGAGAAGAUGAAAUUAUUUUGUGA